AUGGCCGUUCACCCGGAUCGAGGAAUCCUCAAGAAGACAUUCUCCCAGUUUGACUAUUACACCCUGCAGCGUUGCCGGGCGGCGUGGAAAUGCUUCCUCGAGUGGAAGAGGGCCGUGGAAGUCGAGGCAAAUCACUCUCCCCUAAAGCCUGGAAUGAAGCUGAAGAUUGAAUGGAGGGGCGUCGAGAAGCGCUACACGCUCUGGCGUGCCGAGCUUGACGUAUAUCAUCAACAAAUACCUGAGGAGUCCUCCGGCAUUGCGACACAAUACACUCGCCCAAAAGACAAUCCACUCAAAGGUUGCAUCGAGGGGAACUCAUCUGAGCUUUGGUUUGACGUAGCUGAGGCUAGAAAGAUAGGUCCUCGACGAUUCUCUCAGAUACUCUUCGGGAGGAUAUGCGGCAAGGGACCAUUGCUCUGUCUGAAGCUUUUUGAUGAGCGACACUUCCCUUAUCCCGAUGAUUCCGACAACCCAGACGCACCAAAGGUGGAUUGGGGCGCCCCUCCAAGCCAGCGGCUGUUGGACCUACACUUUGCGGUGGACAUGGUUCGGCGUGAGGAAUCUGCAUUUGAUCGGCUCAAGGACUUCCAGGGUUCCCUGAUUCCGCAUUUCUUUGGAAAUCAUUUCUUUACGUUGGCGAACGAUUGGGUAUUUCCUGGAGUACUCAUGGAGGUGAUCGAGGGCCCUGUGUUUGGGGAAUGUGACGUCGAUGGCUGGACUACGGAGGAGCAGCGGAGUUUUGUUACCCAUGUACGGCAUGGUUUACGGGUGCUGAAGUUUGCCGGAAUUGAGCAGACGGACUGGCAUGAGGGUCAGAUCAUGUGUCCUUUGAAUUCUUUUGGCCAGCGGCAUGCUGUCUUCAUGGACUUCGCUUUCGCCAAUCAGCGCUUGGGAGAACACAAAGGGAAGCCAGUGACGGACGAUGCGGAAUGGCUCAAAUUACUCCUGACAGACUGCGGCAUUGAUGAAGAGGUCAUGAAAGAGUGUUGGUUUGACUUGGUAGAUGAAGAGAGAUAA